UUAGAAGAUUCAUUGCCUCGACAAAUCAGGGAAAUACAUAAUGAGACUAGAAAAAGUUCUCGGAUAAUUAGAGACUCAAGGGCGAGACUGCUCGAGAUUCAGAAGAAAACAACAAUAACAGAGACAGACGUAAAAGAGCUUGGUGAUCGAAAUGAGUUGCUUCUCCGAGAGAUGGAGAGAUUUGAUCGCCUGACGAGGAGCCUGCAGAAAAUAGUAGGCGCUGAAGUAGCACAACAGCGUCGACCUAGAGACGAAAACCACGAGAAAGUGGAGGGCAUGCCCAGGAGUGUAGUUGGUGAAUCUGCUGUCUUCCACGAAAUGAAGAUGGCUCAUCCCACUGUUCUACUCGCCGGUAGAAAUAAUGAUACACCAAAAUUUGUAGUCUGCGAUCCACCGAUGAGAUGUAAAUCUGAGAUCGAUUUGACGAGGAAGCUUAGCGAGAGCUACGACAUGCAGGAGAGGCUCGUCGCUGACAACGCUGACCUGGAGGUGAAGAGGUAUAUUUUGUACAAAGAAUUGAUGACCAAAGAUCAGAAUUUGGAGACAUGUCGCGCUCAAAUAAAAAGGUUGCAAGGGGAGUUGAAGUUAUUGAGUAAAGAAAACUGUGCGCUACUUGAGAAAAUUCAUAAGAAUAAUCCAAAGGGUGACGCCGGCGUUGUAGUCCAGGACAACAGAUGCGAAAAUCAUGAAAAUAUAGAAAUUUGCGAACAGGAUAAUCGAGUAUUUGAUGUAACACAAGCUCAGGAACUAAUUAAUAAACUAGAAGACUACAAAUGUUCGUCUGUUGAUCUCGAGAAGCAGCUUCUGGAGUUAGAGACCGAGGUGCGGCACAUCCAGGUCGAAAUGGAGUCCGUGAAGUGUGCCGCCGGAGCGUGUCGCGGCGGGGGCGGACAGAAUACUUGCUUUGAACAACCCGCCGGAGGUCCUCCUGUUCCGCCGAUGUCGAGAGCGUGCGGCGUGUGUCCGCCGUGUCCCGCCACGUGCAACCCGAACGCGCCGCCGACCCCAGCCGAGAAAGAAGCACAAAAGCUUGGGAUACAGCUCCGGCAGACUGAAGAGAAUUUCAAGACUAAAGUCACCGAAUGUGCGAUGCUACGAGCGGAACUAGUUAAGAAGAAAGAGGAGUUAGAGAAAGAGCGAUGCCAGCACCGCGAGACCCAGAACAAGCUGAGGGAGUUGGAGAUGAAAUUCGAAGGUCUUGCAACGCACACCAAUAUGUUGAUGGGGUCCAAAGAGCAAGCGUUCGAACAGGAGGUGAACGUCAGGGCACUGAAGCAGUGCUACCGGGAAGCAAGGGAGGAGAUAGACGAAUUGAGGACCCUGAUGAAAGAGCAGAAUGAUCAGCUCCAGGAUUAUAGAGUCAAGUAUCUGCAAGCUCAGCAGCUGGUGGAAGAGCAGCGCCGACAGAUGGACAUGAUGGAUAUGGACAACACCAGAAUAAGCGAACAGAUCAACUUGGAAAUUCAAAGGGUUAAGCUGAAGUUCCAAGAGAAACUCCAAGAGUUGGCUCCGAUCCCCGAUCUGUUGAAAGCGACUCAGAUGAGGCUGAAGGACGCUCAGCAAGCGCAGGCCAUCGCCGAGCACAACGCAGAGCAGCUCGCUAGGGAGCUCAACUGCGCACGGGAGAAGGUUCACGUGUUGCUACAUAAUAGCCUGAAGCCCCCGGAAAAACCUCCGGAACGCGGUGGGGACGAGAAACAAAUGGCACUUCUUAACCAGAGAAUAUCACAACUCGCGGAGAAUAACAUCAGCUUAAAGAGUGAAAUAGAAAGACUCAAAGCCAGCGUGAUCAGAACUGAAGAAUCUGCAUUAGCUAAUGAGAAGCGGCUUCAAGAGAAGAUGCACGAAUGUGCCCAGCUUGGGGGAGAGUUGGACCGCACCAGGGACGAGGCCUCGCGGGCGCUGCAGAGAGCCCACGAGCAAACGGAAACUGUGCGGAAGUGCCUCCAAACCACGGUAGCAGAGCUGGAACGACAGCUGGCGGCCUCCAGGGCACAAGUCAGCACCGCCGAGAAGGAACGGGAAGAGCUGAAAAACCGAUUGCACUGGCAAAUGAAGCGUCUGACGGAGAACUUCGAGCAGGCCCAGCUCCGGAUCCUCGGUCUGCAGACGCAGGUGCAGUCCCUCAGGAGGACGGCUUCUAGCACCGGAGACGGCGACGGAGAGAAUCAGGAGUGCACCUGUAAAAACUUUUUCGAUAAUCCCUGA